AUGGCUGAAAUUUUCAUCGAAUCUUUUGGUGAUCUCCUUUUGAAGGAUCCACUACCGGAUAUACCUCUGCUACCAGAGGUUCCAUUACCAUCUCCGUAUAAACUUCGACGAAAAAUUCUAAUCAAAGGACGAAAAAAGGCAUCGUUAAGUGCUGACAACUCAAGACUUUCAAUGCAAAGCAGUAGAAGCUCAGCUUCGAUCGAUUCGCCAUCGCAAGAGCAUGAUUCCAUGUCGAGCGAUAAGUGUAGAAGAUCUUCAAAAGAUCUCCAAACGUCAGAAAUACUGGAACGAAAUUCAAAAGCACUUUACGGCUAG